GCCUGCCGGAAACCAAAGAAGAAGAAGAAGAAAUGCGGAAAUUAGUCAGAUGACUUCCGGUUAGCCAUUUGUUUUUGUACCUCCAGAAGUAUAAAGUUGUAAGGGUCAUACCUUUAAAAUGAUGACAACAACACGAUAUAUGGCCACAAGAGAAGUCGGAGGCCGACAGCAUCGAUUAUGCUUCGAUGGAAAUGAGAAGAAUUACGAGCUGUGGGAAGCCAAGUUUCUGGGGCACUUGCGUCUGCUCGGCCUCAAAGCCACCGCGCUAAGAGAGCCACAAGACGGGAGUGAAGAUGACGCCAAGCAAAACGAGGACGCCUACACCGAGUUGAUUCACCUUUUAGACCACACAAGCCUGUCGCUGGUUACGAGAGAAGCGGCGGACGACGGGAGGAAAGCAUUGAAGAUACUGCGAGAGCAUUAUGUCGGUAAAGGCAAUGAGCGGGUGAUUCGUCUCUACGUCAAGCUAACAUCGCUACACAAAGUGGCAAACGAGAGUGUGAGUGAUUAUCUUCUCCGUGCACAAACUCUAAUUACCGCAUUACAAAAUGCCGAGGAGACUUUGUGCGACGAGCUGUUGAUUUCGGUGAUUCUGAAAGGCUUGCCUGACACGUUCAAGCCGUUUGAUCUUUACGUCAAACAAAGUGGCGCGACGAUGACAUUCGGCGAGUUCAAGGCGGCACUGAGGACCUACGACUGGACGGUGGCAAGUGGCGGAGGUAAGCCUGCAUCUCGGAGAGGCCCGGCUGGUCCCCGGAUCCUCCCGUCUCAUGCCGAGGCCAAUCAAACGGUACACGUUAGUGUCUUCAAAAAAAAUAGAAUACCGCAGGUGACACGAUGCACGGUGUGCUGUACCAAACAUCAUUGUCCCAUUUGCCCCACCUCAAUGUACAAGCCUCGGUGUAAGGCAAAACUUUUGCAGCACAUGGAGGUCCAUGUAAAAAACGCCAUCCAACAUGAAGAGUUCUUGAUAACCAAAUGCCACAAGCCCUGCAAGAGUGGAAACAGUAGUCAUUUCCAUUGUCCAUUCUGCAUCAAGACCACCAUAAAAAGGAAGGAUGCAAUGAGGCAUUUGGAGAUGUGUAGGCCACCUCACCGGGAUGCAGAGUUGGAAGCUGAUGCCGACAUGGCCAUCACUUCUCAGACCGGAAUGCAAAGGUCUUGAAUCGCUCUUCAUUUCCUGUGGAGCUGCAUUGACGUCCAGCAGGUGAUUUGUUGUCGAGAUGGAUUUCCUCUACAACCGAAAGGUGAGAGCUCCACUUUGAAGCAGGAGGAACCACAGCCCGCCCAUGUUAAAGAAGAAGAGGAGGAACUAUGCAUCACUCAGGAGGAGACAGAUCUCACCAAGAGGACACUGACUGCUGUCCCUGUGAAGACUGAAGACAAACCCCAGGAGUUCUCACAGCUUCAUCACAGUCCAAGUGAGGAGGACAGAGGGAUGGACCCUCCAAGCAGCUGCUCGCCAAAACACAUAACAGAAGUUGAUGGAGGCCACUGUGAAGAAUCAGAAACAUACAACCUCUUAGCUCCAUUAUCGGAUAACGAGGACACAUUAAGCGCUCCUGAGGAUGAACAGCGACUUUUGAACAGCAAUACAGACUGUAAGGGUGAUAUGAGGACUCAAACAGAAAAUAAACACUCUGAAUGCUCCGAAAAGAAAAUGGGCAAAAAAGGUUUGCUCUGCCCAGUUUGUGCUAAAAGCUUCUUUCAUAGUUGGGACUUGACGCGACACAUGCGGGCACACAAAGGAGAGAAACCUUAUAGCUGUUCAGUCUGUAGUAAAAGAUUUUCUCGAAAUGAUAUUUUAAUUCAGCAUAAAUUUACGCAUACAGGAGAGAAACCUUUCGUGUGUUCAGUUUGUGGUAAAAGUUUCUCUGCCAUGUCCAGCAUGGUGUCACACAUGAGAAUACACACAGGCGAAAAACCCUAUUCUUGCUUACUUUGUUCUAAAUCAUUUUCACAACACAGCAGUUUGACAGCACACAAACGCACGCACACAGGAGAAAAACCUUUCGGUUGCUCGAUGUGCGAUAAAAGUUUUUCUACCAAGUCAAAUAUGGUGAAUCACAUGAGGACGCAUACAAGAGAAAAACGUUUUUGUUGCAAUAUUUGUGGCAAAAUGUUGAUCAAAAAGGUAUCUUUGAUUGAACACCAAAGGACACACACUGGAGAAAAACCGUUUAGUUGCUCCGUUUGUGGUAAAAAAUUCACUUCAAAUCCAAACAUGGUUAAACACAUGAGAAUACACACUGGGGAAAAACCCUAUUCCUGUUCAGUUUGUGCUACAGCAUUCGCGCGAAAUGACUAUUUGAUGGCACACAUGCAGACGCACAACAGAUAAUGAAUGUCUUCCUGACUAGCUUGUGUUGAAAUAUUGUCAAAUGAUACAGAGUUUAAAAAAAUAUUGGGAUGGAGAGUGACACGUGCAUGUUCUUCUCACAACAUGGUGACUUGGUCUAUAAAAAGGCACAACAGCGCCUUCAUUUGCUCAGGACACUUAAGGAUUGUUAAUGUCAACAAAUACAUUUUAACACUUUUUUAAAAGAUCUCUCACUAUCAUUACCACAACAAAACUUACCCGCAUAACAAAUCAGGCAAGUAAAACACCCAGAAUAACUCAACGUCUUUUGACUAAACUGCACAGGCACUCUGUGGGAAAUAAUGCCAUCCUCAUAACUGAGGACCCCUCACACUCCCUGCACCACUCCUUCAUGCUGCUGCUACCAGGCAGACGAUACAGGACCCCACUGGCCACAACCGUUCACAAGAAAUCAUUCAUUCCCUAUGCAUUAACGGUUCUAAACAACAUGAAAUAGGCCGCACUGUCUCUCUUUUAUACCUGUUGCUGUGAACGUUGUUUUAAUUUUGUGAUGAAGUCGUGUCAAAGACAAAUUUCUGUUUUUCAUGUCGAAACAGACAAUAUAGCUAUAUCCUGUCUAUCAUAAUUAAACGUGAAAAGUCACCUAUGAUGAUCUGAUGUGUCACCUAUGAUGAUCUGCUGUGUUUGAUACCAUAUUAUGUCAUGAGUUUCCAAAUUGGUGUGCUGCUAAGAACAGCAGCUAUACAAAUGCAAACUAACUUUGGAGCAAAUAAGAUAUGCUGACUUCUUAUCAACCGUAGACAGACUAUUUGUUGAAGAUUGUGUUUUCCUCCACUCAAAGUGUGUUUGUGUUGUGUAAAUAUUUCAUGUUAUUUAGUACUGCACAUAUUUUAAAAU